GCACAGGUUUUCGGUUAUGGUAUGAGUUGGCAGGAGGAAAUGUGCGCAGUACUCAUAAUGUUAGAAUAAAAAAAAGCAGACUUGAUUUAUGAACACUUAAAUAAUAGAUUUAGUUAAAAUCUGUACAUGUAUAUAAUAUCAAAUGGCUCAACGCAAUGGCUUCGGACCUGGUUUCCUCAAUAUGCUUGAUAGUGCUCGGCUGAUGCAUGCCCACGACGCUAUGGUUGACAUAAUUCGUGGAAGACCAACACAAUACGAAUUAGUACUUAAUACCCUGGAAAGUAAUUAUGAGUUUGGUCUUGAUUACCAGGAUCAGUUCUAUGAGUAUGAUGAUUUGACUGAUGAUGAUGAUGAAGAUGAAUAUGACAGGCGAAACAAUAGAUAUUGUGGCUUUGCUCAAAACUUUCUUGAUAAAAGGGGUUCCAGUCAGUUUUUGCCUGCAAUAACACAUUAUAAACCAGCCAAGCGCGUCACACCUGAGGAGGCGGCAAAAAAUGCUAAAGAACUUUUAGCUGAAGAAGAAAAACUUAAGAAAAAAGCAGAAAAGAAAAAACAGAAAAAAAUGAGACAGCGGGAAAGACGUCGACUAGAAAAAUUAGAAAAGGAAAAUGGAAAUAAAAAUGGUGCCAAACAGGAUGCUGCUGCUGUUUCAGUUAAAUCUGAGCCUACAGAAAAAGAGUGUGCAAAUAAGAAAAAAACAAAUAACAGUGUACCUCCUGACCCUGGGCCACAACACAAUUCAACAGAUAGCAGUGACAGCUGUGAUGAUGAUGAUGACGAUGAUGAUCAAGGGAGCAUAGUUGAUGAACUUGAGCUUGAUAUGAGCAGCUGCUUUGUAAACAAUGCAGCGGCUAUUGCAAAACGCAAACUUGAGCAGAAACCCAAAUCUGAAAGGAAAGACAAAAAAGCUGAAAACUUGAUGAAGCAUGGCACAGCACAAAAAAGUACAACCAAGCCCCAGGUAAAGAAUGUUAAUGAAAAGGAUGAAUCACAUGAACCAGAAAAUGAUAUUGUUAAAACGAGCAUGAAGCUGGCAGAGUUGGGUAACAAAUGUGCUCGAGAAGGAAAUUUGGAUAUGUCUGUGGAAUAUUUUACUGAUGCUAUAAAGCACAAUCCUCAAGAAUUUAAGUUGUUUGGAAAUCGCUCUUUCUGUUAUGAAAAAAUGCAACAAUAUGACAAGGCUUUAACAGAUGCUGAAAUUGCUCUUUCGCUGAACCCCACAUGGACUAAAGGGCUCUACAGAAAAGGAAAAGCAUUAGUUGGCCUUAAGAGAUACUAUGAAGCUAGUUUGACCUAUAAACAAGUUUUAAACCUUGACAGCACCUGUACUGAUGCUGCUCAAGAGCUAAUGAGGGUACAAAUAAUGCAGUUAAUGGAUAUGGGAUACAGUAGAGAGCAAAGUUCAAAUGCCCUCAUCAUACAUGGAACGAUAGAAAAAGCUUUAGAAACUCUCUCUGGUUUACAUGGUAAUUUGACAGCUGCACAAGUGCAUGGAGCAAGAGUAAGAGUUUGUCCAGAGGAAAAUCCUCAACCUGCAAAAGUUCCACCCAGAACAGUUCCCCAGAACCCACCAAAAGUCACCACAGCUGUACCAGCCACCCCCAGAGAGCUGUUUCCAGUCUGGGUUGGGGACCUUGUGCCUGCUAUAUCAGAAUUAAAAAUCCAUGAUCUCUUCAGCAAUAUUGGGGAAGUCUAUAGUGUAAGAUUAUUGUCAGCAAGACGGUGUGCUUUUGUCAACUACACCAGGAAAGAGGACUGUGAGACUGCCAUUCGAAAAUUGAAUGGCUUUCGUGUAGAUGGGACUUGUCUUGUAGUUCGUUACCCUGACAGAAUCCACACACAUCUUGGUGUAUCCAAAGCUGCAACAACAGAUAUGGGAAAAGUAAAUAAGUUUCCUGAUGAGUGUUGUUUCUGGAGGACAACAGGCUGUAUCAAGAGUAAUCGGUGCCCCUAUAGACAUGUGCCAGAACACAAGGGCAUUGAUCGACCAAAUCUUAAGUGAUACGAGUAUAUACAAUUCUUUGCAGGGAAACUGACAUUAAUUCAAAUGUUUCUCAUAACUUGUUUAUUAAUGACAAUUGUCAAAUACACAAAUAACCAAAUAAGAGGCAGUAUACAAAAUUAUAGUCACUAAGAGAUGAUUAACUGGUUAAAUUAAGUUAUGUUCCAUGUAGUUGAGAUUUAACUUUACUAGAAAUAUUAUUUUAGUUUUUCACCAUUUAAAUAAUGGUUACUACAACCAUUAUUUCUGUUAAAGUUUACACUUUUUGUCUUAAACCACAACGUAAUUGGACUUGGUAAAAUGUUUUAGCUGUUAUCCAUGCACAUUUAAAAGUAUUUCCAUUACUUAAUUCUUGGAACAUACAGGAGGCUUGUUAAUACCCUUAUGCAGUAUAGUUUUUUUUUCUUUAUAAAAUGUAAUAAAAAUUACUAAAUGUUUU